GGAUGGUUCUGGGGAGGACUGCGAGCAGCAGCACACACACACACACACAUAUACAUACACACACACUCACUCACACACACACAAGCAAACACACACACGCACACACACAUGCGUACACUCGCUCGUGGGUACACUAACCCACACUCUCGCUCUCUCGCUCUUUCACUCACACGAGGAAAAUGUGGAGGAUAGCUGGCUAUGGUUCUUUUUACUGCACAGCUUUGUCACCUUUUAAGGAUAAAAGCUCAAGAUGUUUUAUGGCUGUUUUCCCUUGCCUCUGGUGAGUCCCCGGUGGAAGUCUUCUCUGAGUCGAGUCUUCUCACCCCCUCCCCUCGCUGCCGUGGCUCCAGGAUGUGAAUGCUCCUCUCCGGCUCUCUCUGGACGGCUCGUUUUAAAUCAUGAACUCGCAGCGUGCUGAGCUGGGCGGCCGGGCCUGACCUGCGAUCGGAGGCGCCUGCGGUUGGCACGCCCGCGGGUCACUCUUUAACAUGAGAGCGGCCGGCGGCGGCGCAGCCUGCCUGAGCUCCCUGCUGCUGCUGCUGUGCCUCUUCGCGCUCCAGGCGGGUCUCGGGACCCUGUCUCCGGCUGGUCCCGCCCUAAUCCCGCGCUCCCACAACCUGACCAAACCCACUGAGGGUUCUGUACGGACAGCACGGGCCCGCAACUUGACAAGACACCCCCCUGAGGGAGAGAAGGACCCCCAUCACCGGCCCAAGAGGGGCUGGGUGUGGAAUCAGUUUUUCGUUUUGGAAGAGCACAUCGGACCUGAAGCACAACAUGUCGGAAAGUUGCAUUCCAAUUCAGAUAAGGGCGACGGCUCAGUCCGGUACCUCCUCAGCGGAGAAGGCGCCGGCACCAUCUUCACCAUUAAUGAGGUGACCGGAGACAUCCACGCCGCCAAGAGCCUGGACCGCGAGAAAAAAAGCCACUACGUUCUCCACGCUCGCGCUAUCGAUCGCUUCACCAACAAGGCCGUGGAGCCCGAGUCCGAGUUCAUCAUCAAGGUUCAGGACGUGAACGACAACGCCCCCACCUUCCCCGAUGGGCCCUUCGCUGCAGCUGUACCAGAAAUGUCAGACAUCGGAACGUCAGUUUUCCAGAUCACUGCCACGGACGCCGAUGACCCCACAUAUGGCAACAGUGCUAGGAUUGUCUACAGCAUCUUACAAGGGCAGCCCUACUUCACUGUCGACCCCAAAACCGGCAUCAUCAGGACAGCGCUGGCCAACAUGGACAGAGAAACCAGGGAAAUGUACUCCAUCAUCAUCCAAGCCAAAGACAUGGCCGGCUCAGUGGGGGGGCUGUCAGGAUCCACCACCAUCAACAUCACCCUGACUGACGUCAACGACAAUCCGCCCAGAUUUCCUCAAAAGAACUACCAGCUGUACGUGCCGGAGUCUGCUCAAGUUGGAAAAGCUGUGGGGAAAAUCAAAGCCAAUGACGACGACCUGGGUAUCAACGGUGAGAUGGCGUACAGAAUCACCAAUGAGGAAGGAGCGCUCAUGUUCGACAUCUCCGCCGAUAGCGACAAAAGGGAAGGGGUCAUCUCUCUCAAAAAGCCACUGGACUAUGAGAAGAAGAAGGCCUACUCAUUAAGCAUAGAGGGCGUCAACACGCACCUGGACCCCCGGUUCUCCCACCUGGGCCCAUUCAAAGACACCACCACCUUGAAGAUCAUCGUGGGGGACGUGGACGAAGCUCCUGUGUUCACCAUGGAUUACUACAUCAUGGACGUGUACGAGAACGCUCCAGCCGGAACAGAUGUCGGGAUGGUCACGGCUCAAGACCCCGACAAUGCCCGGGGCAAAGUUAGGUAUUCCAUUGACAGCAGUGCGAACGGAGAGGCACUUUUCAACAUCGAUGCCAACAGUGGACUCAUUAAAACCACCGCAAGCCUGGAUCGGGAGGCAGUAGCCUGGCACAACAUCACUGUUAAAGCUUCAGAGGUUGACAAUCCAAAGCUGGUCAGCUAUGUUCCGGUCACUGUCCAAGUCCUGGACGUCAACGACAACACGCCAUACAUUCCUACUGACCAAGACAUCAUUGUGUGUGAGAGUUCAAAACCAGGCCAGGUAAUCCAGACCAUCAGGGCUACAGACAAGGACAACUUUGCCAACGGCCGUUUUACCUUUGCUCUGCCAGCAGACCUGCCAGCCAACCCGAAUUUCACCCUGAAGGACAAUGAAGACAGCAGUGCAAGCAUCAUUUCCCGGCGGUGGGGUUUCAGUCAGGCCGAGCAGGAGCUGCACCAGCUGGCGGUGGUGGUAUGGGAUGGAGGGGAACCUCAGCUCAGCAGCACCAGCACCCUGACGCUGAGGGUCUGCCCGUGCCGGAGGGGUCUCAGAGCGCCGGUGUGCCAGCCGCAAGCCUUCUUCUCCUCGGCGGGACUCAGCACGGGAGCGCUCAUCGCCAUCCUGCUCUGCAUCCUCAUCCUGCUGGCCAUCGUGGUGCUGUUCGUGACCCUGAGGAGCAAGAAGAUCAAAAAGGAGGCGCUCAUCAUCUCCGAAGAGGACAUUAGAGAAAACGUGGUGACGUACGACGACGAGGGCGGAGGCGAGGAGGACACGGAGGCGUUCGACAUCGCAGCCCUCAGGAAUCCCUCGGCGGCCGGCGGGGAGGUCCGCAGGAGGAGAGGGGAGCCUCACGCGGAGGUCUGGGUGGGGGCAGGGGCGGUGGGCGGAGACAGUCUGAGCCCGUCCCUGACCCUGCCCAGCCAGGACAUCCACGAUGUGAUUCAGCUGAAGGUGUUGGAGGCGGAUCAGGACACCAGCGGACCUCCGUACGAUUCCCUCCAAACGUACGCUUACGAAGGGCAGGGGUCUCCCUCGGGCUCCAUCAGCUCCCUAGACCUCCCCGGACCUCCGUCAGAGCCGGAACCCCCCGAGCCGGACGACUGGGGCGACCGGGGGCACGAGGUGAGCACGCUGGCCAGACUUUUCCAGGAGAGAGGCGGCCAGUGCACCCUAUAGUGGCGGCGCAAUCUUUAAAUCCACCCCGAGCGAACCUUGUUCUCGUUCCCUUCAUCAUUGUGCAGAUGACAGAGCACAGAAGGCUGUUUUUUUGCUGUGGGAUUAUUUUGACAAUUUUUUUGUUUUUUACUGGGUUCUACUAGUGGAGGAACGUAUAUUGUUUUUUUUUCUUUUUCUCUCAGAAGAACGUACGUUGUUUUUCUGUUCGGUUUUAUUUCAUUUAUUUUUUGAAGAUAAAAAAAAAAGAAUAAAACUGAGAAGAAAAAAAAAACAAGGACCAACAAAGGAGACUAUUUUCCCUGGUGUAUAUUUUAUAUUUG